CUUCCUCCCUCCCUCCCCCUCCCCGUCUAUGUAUUCCCCUACCUCCUCUCUAUCUCUCUCUCUCUCUCUCUUUCUCUCUCUCUGUGUGUGUGUCGGCUGGCCUGGCCACUGCCCGUGACAGUGCUUUAGUUGUGUCCUUUCUAUGGGUGCCGUCUCACGUGGGACUCAUGGCUAAUGAUACUGUGGACGGUCUUGCUAAGGCUGCGUGUGGUCUCCCCAUGCCUGUAGUGUGUGCCGCGCCCUCCUUACGGUGCUACAGAAAUACACGGUUUUCUGCAGUUAAUGCCCUGACAGUGAAUCGUAGGAACACCGAGCGUGCUGAUACUGUAUCCAUCCAUACAGCAUUAUGACAGCUUCAUUGACACCACGCACAAAUAUCGCCGCCACGGACUCACACACACACACACACACACACACACACGCAAAGUAGAAAACUGAAAUAUUCACAUUUGUAACAGUAAACAUGUCUCGCAGGACACACUGGAAUCCAGACACACACACACACACACACACACACACACACACACACACACACACACACACACAAAUUAGAAAACUUAAAUAUUUACAUUUAGUAACCACCAAAAUAUUGAUGUCUCAUGAGCAUCAAAUCCAAGUUAUCAUUCAGGAGAUAUUUACAUAUAAAUAUUAAAUCCUGUCCUUGUGGUAGCAAGUCUCUCACUGUGGGGCACGCGAGACAAUAAUGUUUGAGGGUAUUGGCGUUGGCAAGGUGACACAACUUACAGGUGGAAUAGUGAGGCACAUCCUCAGCCUGGGAAACCUGCCACACUGGUCGGUAACCUAAUCUAAGCCUAGCACUUAUGACAUUGCGUCUGCGGACCAUGAGUCCGUGGCGGCGAUAUUUGUGCAUGGUGUCAAUGAAGUUGUCAUUAUAUACUGUUUACGAUUUAUGACACAUUGGGAUAUUCGGGGAGGGUGUCAAAUACACUGUGGCAAAAUUUCAUAAUGAUAUGCGUUUUCCUUACAAAGUUAUUCUAGAAAAACGUGCCCUCAAACUCUCUGAAACGCUUAGUAGGCUACAUGGACACCUUCAAGUGUUAUCAGCAAACUAUACUCAGUUACGCAACACACACCCACACACACACACACACACACGGUAGUUAUUCCGCUUCAAGCAUCCAUUGUAGUCUGAGUAACGACCGUUCACUGGAACACUGCAUCACCGCUACAUUCAAAACCUCUAAGUUGAAACUACACGAGUUCUGAAGGGUGUUUUCAUGGCUUCAGUGACACAUUAACAAGAUCUCUGCGUUAUUAAGGGAGGAAGGCAGUCAUGAGCACCAGCUACUCAUCUAUGUGGCCUCUCGAAAUAGUCGUGGUGAGAGAGAGAAGCAUUUCAAAAUACGGAAUUUCUAAAGACAGGUUCCCAUAGCCAGUCUCACAAUAGCACCUGACAUUUCACAGGUUACAGAGGCUUACCACACUCUACACAAAAACACGAAGCUUCUAUCGAGAAUAUCCUCACUAAAACUACUAGCAAUCCAAGUGUCAGUAUUGUAUCAUAUGUCGCAAAUAAAAUCUUAACUAGCUAUUCACGUAGUUAGUGUAGAGACCUCAGAGUAAGCGGCAAAGAUAAGCUUCGAACUCAUAUGUGAAUACUGAAAGCAAUCACGAGAGUAAAUUUAAGGUAAACUUCGCUAAAAUUUACUGGUGUUGGUAGCGGGACUAAAAUUGAUGUCAUGAUAGAUGUUGUGGUGUGGUGAUGUGAUGGGGGAACAAUGCACUCGUGUGUGUGUGUGUGUGUGUGUGUGUGUGUGUGUGUGUGAGGUAAAGAGACUGAACACUACGAGACACAGUUGGUUAGUAAGUAGUGUUACGGGUGUGGUGCAGCGGCGGCUACGAGCUUCAUUAAAGAAAACCAUUGGAACAAGAAGAAAAUGUGAUAUGGGUAUCUAUUAUAAUUGUUGUAAGCUUAUGUACUGUACUUGUGUGAGAUAAAAGGCAAAGUAGCUAUGUAGUUGGCCAAGCGUUUACUUCACUGCACUCCUAAGACUGUCAAUAAUGUUAGGCUGUUGUAUGAGAUGUCCUCUUACAGACGCCACCAUUUGACUCCUGGUCAAUCCUAAUAGCCAUCAUGUCUCAGCAGCAGCAUUUGGUAACCCCAGAUAGGGAGAGAAAGAUUACAGGCAGGCAGGCCAGUUGGCUUACGUCAGAAACAACUGUUGCCAAUGACAACUGCCAUGAAAAUAGGAUGACAGAGGUAAUUUUUGUUAGAAAUAUUUGAAGGAAAAUGCUUUAAUUAAGUAGGGAGCUGACAUACAUACAAAUGUGUGUGUACCUAUUUGUUGGUGUGUCAUAUAUAAACAUGUGUAAAGAUAUUAGUGUAUUCGUGUGGACUGUGGCAAAUUAAUCUCAAUAUUGUUGCCAAAUGCUUUUCGUGGAAAGCGGUCGCGGUUGUCCGGCCUGCCGUAAGUUUGUGUGUAACGCUGUGAGCAGCCUGGCAGGACACGGUGAGACACUGAGAGAAGUGAAGACGAAGAUACUGAUAAAACUGAUAAAAACGAAAAGAUUAGUGCGUGUGUAGCCUCUCAGUAAUCAGAGGUUGCCUAGUUAUACAGUGCUGACGACACAAAAGAGGACAGCGGUGUGUGGGUGGGUCACUGGACCCGCUGGUGACACAGGCAGCCGCCGCCAAACAGUCUUUUUGCUAACGUGUAGUGAGAUAAAGCCCUCCUGAGAUGAAGCCUUCCCGUUCUCCUGCUCUUCCUGUAGAUCCAUCUACGACACAUACGGGCAGCCCCAAAGUCAAGCAAGCGUCUCAUUUUGGCUGAAGCUGCGGAAAUCUGAAUUGCGAAGAGUUGCUCCUGCUCCCACGCCCCUCACAUAAUGGAGUGGCUGGCGUGUGUUACUUCCCAGUUGAGUACCAGGGCAUCUUCGCUACCCAAUCCAGUGUUUCCAGUCUCUCCCAGGGCACCAUGCACCAGUACUCCCAGGUGACCAUUUUACCAGACGCCAUUCCUGUGUGGGGCGUCUGUCACACGAAAUUUGAGAACAACGUGAUUUUGCGAGAUUCAACGGGCGGCGAGAACUGUUACAGGUGUUUCCAUGUGUCCCUUCACUCCGGCAACGUGAUCCAGAUAUACACAGAGGGUCUCAAUAAGUGCUACUCCUCUGAAGCUGCUGCUCUCCUAACCUGCCCGACUCUACACGCUAUCAAGACAAGGAGAGUCAGUGAAAUUAUGCUUUAUAAAUCUCGCAGCUUCACUCAAGACGGACUUAUAGACAGAGUGUUUUGCCCCAUUAACGGCAGGUUCCACUUCACUUACGAUGUUAAUGAUGGUACUGAGAGCUCUGUGGAGUGCCCGGAGCCUUCGUCUGAGCUCUCCAACUGUCCUCGUGGGUCUGAAUUGCAGCUCAGGUUUCGCCGGUGUUCCUUCGGGGAGCUUAACAUGAGUCUCCGCUGCUUGGGUGACUGGCGCGGGCAUGAUGGUCAGCGGUACCUUGCUCUGUGGGAUCCAGCAGUCACCACGCACAACCAGCCCCGCUAUCGCUGCGCUAUGUACUCAGUCGACCAAGCCACGCAAAAAGUCUACCUUAGCUUCAGUAUAGACGCCACCUGCACGAACCACCUCCACGGGCCCUGGGAUGGCUAUGAGACGAUGGAGCUCUUCCCCCUCGCGCCCCCGUCCCCGCCCUCCGUUGUCCUCACCACCGCCUGCGACUUCCCACGCUGGACUGAGGGGGCGUGGCAGCAUCUCCUGAUCGACGCAAGGGAAUUGUGGGUACAGGAUGACGAGAUGGACAAGAAGUACAAGACACUCUGCCUGUCUCAGCACGCCCCUCAUGGUGAAAGAUUCGCUCUCUACUCCACAAAUCAAUGUGGCGAGGAUGAGUUUACCUGCAUCUGGAUCAAGAAGAGAGCAGUUAACGUGAUUGAGUACCAAAUGGGUGUCAGCCCUUCUAAAGUGUACAACGCCUCCAGGAUAUGUUCAGAUGACGCCUUUCGGGGCCAGACAUGGAAGACGCAAGGCAGGCUGUCCCCGGAAAACCUGUCCGGGUGUCCCAUCACUGGGGAGUACACGGGGGUCAUCCCGGACGCCACUGAGCUGUGUGCGCGCCUCUCCUCAGACUGCAACGACCCCCAGCACAUGCACUACACCGUCUCCUCCUGCAGGAACGCCACGGAGGUGUACGAAGGUGUUGCUGUCCGGGGCGGCGCUCCCCUGGUCAGGCAGCAGCGCCAUGCCACGCUGUCCCGCGGCGUCCGGCACGCCCUGCGCCACACCUCUCGCCAGCUGUCGUGGGCACGUCUGCGCGCCCUGGAGCUGGGGUGGUCGCCAGAUCAGCAAUACACGACCAUCGGUGCCAAGCCUCGUCGGCGGGAGCGGCCUCCCGCCAAGCAGGUGUACGUGUUCCCCGACACUGCCCCGCCCCGCGCCGCAGCGGCACUCGCCCAGACCCAGGACCAGGACACGCCCGCGCCUUCCCCCGACCCCGCCACCACACGCCUGCCCUACGCCCACGAGGGGCCCUUCUAUGUGCGCGUGGAGGCCCCGCCGCAGCCUGCAAGGCCCCAGGACCCCGCCACCAUCGCGGAAGAGCGGGACUACAGGUGUCUGGGGCAGUGGUCAGAGGGCGGAGUGAUGUACACCUUCACGCACCGCCGAGACGUGGAUACUUAUGAGUGUUUCGCUGGAGUAGUGGUGAACCCCAACGAAAUCUUUAUCAUCGAGGCGGGAACGAGCUGCCAGAGAGGACUGCAACCCCUGGCACACGGCAUGAAGCUGGUCCGGCAAGCAACGUGUAGCGAACUUCAGGCACGAAUGACCAGCACAGCAGCUCCACACGACCCCUCCUCGCGUCCCUCCUGGUGGCCCCCGACUACAAAGAACCCAUGGAUGAAAAAAAAUAAACAAACGCCGCUGCCUGACUGGAAUAAUGAAAUUCCAAGAGCUGCGCAUUCCAGCGGGAGCGACGCCCCACACUCCCUCAUGACGUCACUGCUGGCUGCCCCUCUCCUCCUCCUCCUGUUGGCUGCCUCGUGAUCGUAACCAGCCAAUCACGUCACUUGGAGGUUCUUACGUCAUCCAAUCAGCAUUCAUCUCCAUUACGUCAUCUAUUCUCACAGCCAAUCAUCGUUCGUCUAGUUCAAGGCGUCAUUAUUCAUCCACCAAUCACAGCGAAGAUCGUUCAUCAGGCAUUUGUCUUUCAUUUGUGAUUCUAGUAUUGUUAGUUGAUGUUGCGUAUGUUUGUGUGUUGUAUUGGUGGUUAAUAGAUGUAGGGAAGUGUGUGCGUGUCUGUGUGUGUGUGUGUGUGUGUGUGUGUGUGUGUGUGUGUGUGUGUGUGUGUGUAUGUCGUUUUAAUUCCUAUAUAAUCAAGUUGUUUCAAAAUACUUUUAACUUUUUCCUACUUCUGUAUUUUCUAUUAUUUUCUUGAAGACAGAAUAGUGAGGCAUUAUUAUUAUCAGUAUUUGUAAAUUUCUAUCUUUCUUUAUCUCAUUUUAUCAUUAUUUUCCUUUUUAUUUAUCUAUUUUAUAUUUUAUACUCUGAUUCCCCCUGGUCACCCGUUCCGUGGCAGAGAGAGAGAGAGAGAGAGAGAGAGAGAGAGAGAGAGAGAGAGAGAAUUUCCCAUCUACCUGUUACCUGUAUUCAUUGUCAGUAUUGUCCCCUCCCCCCCUCCGCUACCCCCCCCUGUCUUUCCCUCUUCUCUCUUCCUUCACCUCCUCCUCCUUCAUUACUUUCUCUCUCCCUUUAUAAAUUUCUCCCUUUCUUUAUUUUUCCAAUCUUUUUUUUUUUUCUCCUAUUCAUUCCCAUUCCCUUUGGCUCACUGGCAAAUUUCUAGUCACCAUGUCUCCGUGGCAGUGUUCGUGUCCCCAGCCAGUUGUCAUGUAUAUAAUGCUAAUAGUAAUGGUAAUAAUAGUAAUAAUAAUAAUGAUAAUAAUAAUAAUAAUAAUAAUAAUAAUAAUAAUAACUCAGUUGGGUUGUUAUUAUGUUCAAUGUUAUGAGUUUUUUUUUUUUUUUUUGAGAGUGUAAUGAUGCAGUGAGAGAGAGAGAGAGAGAGAGAGAGAGAGAGUGUGUGUGUGUGUGUGUGUGUGUGUGUGUGUGUGUCUUUACCUAUCAGUCAGUGUCUAUCUAUACAUAUACCAGUCUAUAUGUCCAGUACGGAAUACUUAUACAUAUCGACCGUUGGCAUGAAGAAACACGUGUAUAUACUGUACAUAUAUGUAUACUGUAGGUGUAUAAUGAAUUGAUACCUACAAAUCCACGUAUAUUUCAUCUGAUCAUUGUAUUUUGUAUUAUAUUCAUUUUGUAUUCGUGUUCGUGUUUGUAUCGUGACUCUGUGUGAUGGAGGAAAGGAAGUAAAUAUAAAGUGAAUA